AUCCAAUUUUAUCUGAAGUUCACAAAAUUAGAAUUAGACAGACUGUGGGCCGUUUAGGCGCAAUAAGCAAAGCAUUUCAGUCCAUUAAGAGCCCAACAAAAUCUCUAGACCUCUCCUCUCUCCUCUUCUUCGCCUGCUUCUCUCAUUGACUCUUCUCAUCCAACGCAAAUCACCGUCUCCCGCCGCCGUCGCUACCGGAAGACCGACAUUUUCUGUCAAUACUGGAAAAACUACCACUCUCCUAUUAAAAGUCUAAUGUUCAUUUUUUGGACCUCAUAUUUCUAGGGCUGAAUUCAAUCAGAGCUGCUCAAAUUUGAAUUUGAGUUCAAAUCGAAUGAGCCAAAGUUCGAGCAAAGUAUUAUCAGGUCAAAUCUAAAGUUAGUCCAUUUUGAGUCUCAAUUCGUCGAUCUCAAAACUGUCUUGAGCUGAGCCUUUUUCAGUUUGACCUCUUCUGUGGUAAUUUGAACAUAUGGGAUGGAGUGUCAGUGGAGCAAGAGAGAAAUGAAUGCUUUUAAAGCUUUCAAAGCUUGCGUUCCGAUUGAAUGGAGCCCUAAACUAUAUAUAACGCUUGUGAGGGGGAUGCCGGGCACAAGGAGGCUUCAUAGGCGCACUAUAGAGGCAUUAGGCCUUGGCAAAUGCAACCGCACUGUUGUGCAAAGGAACACUCCUUCGGCCAGGGGAAUGCUUGAACAGGUAAAAAGGUUGGUUGUGAUCGAGACAGAAGAGAUGUACAAGGCUCGCAAAGAGAAGUUGUUCAAUCACCAAGCUUUACGCCCCCCUUUGGUCAGUAGUCAUGUCCCAAGAUCUGUAACUAAAUCUAGUUAGCAACAUUGGAAAAUUUUCUCAGGCUUGCUCUUCCACCUCUUGUUUUCUAAGGAAUUCUGUUUCUGUUCAAAUUUCUGCCUCAUGUUACUUUGAUAAACUCUGCUAAAGUCUAUUUUAACUAUAUUUUUCGUGUUAGACGCAAGCUCUUUUUUUAUACCUGGUUGUGGAAUUGAUUGUUUCUGAGAUCAAAAUCCUGUAAUGCUUUGCGAUGAGGAAUGCUAUGUGCAUAUAGUUUUGAGUAUAUAA